AUGGCAGACCUCGCUCCCCCGGAAAAUGAGCCUCUGAUAUAUUUCCUGUGGAAAGAGGAAGGAGCCAACAUGAAGGAAAAUGCGGCAUCUAGAGUGGUUUACAUUUUGCUACUUUUUCUCAACGCCAGCCUUCUGAAUGGACAGUCACCUCCUGGAAAACCCAAGAUCAUUAAAUGUCGUUCUCCUGGAAAGGAAACGUUCACCUGCUGGUGGGAGCCGGGGGCAGAUGGAGGACUUCCUACCAAUUACACGCUGACUUACCACAAGGAAGGAGAGACACUCAUCCAUGAAUGUCCAGACUACAAAACUGGGGGCCCCAACACCUGCUACUUUAGCAAGAAGCACACCUCCAUAUGGAAGAUAUACAUCAUCACAGUAAACGCCAUCAACCAGAUGGGAGUCAGUUCCUCGGAUCCACUUUAUGUGGAUGUGACUUACAUAGUUGAACCAGAGCCUCCUGCAAACCUGACUUUGGAAUUAAAACAUCCAGAAGAUAGAAAACCAUAUCUAUGGAUAAAAUGGUUUCCACCCACCCUGACUGAUGUAAAAUCUGGUUGGUUCAUGAUCCAGUACGAAAUUCGAUUAAAACCUGAGAAAGCAACUGAUUGGGAGAUUCAUUUUGCUGCGAAGCAGACUCAGCUUAAGAUUUUCAGCUUAUAUCCAGGACAGAAAUACCUUGUGCAGGUUCGCUGCAAGCCAGACCAUGGAUACUGGAGUGAGUGGAGCCCAGAGAGCUCUAUCCAGAUACCUAAUGACUUCCCAGUGAAGGAUACGACCGUGUGGAUCUUUGUGGCUGUCCUUUCUGCUGUCAUCUGUUUGAUUAUGGUCUGGGCAGUGGCUCUGAAGGGCUAUAGCAUGAUGACCUGCAUCCUCCCACCAGUUCCAGGGCCCAAAAUAAAAGGAUUUGAUAUUCAUCUGCUGGAGAAGGGCAAGUCCGAGGAACUUCUGAGAGCUCUGGAAAGCCAAGACUUCCCUCCCACUUCCGACUGUGAGGACUUGCUGAUGGAGUUCAUAGAGGUGGAGGACAGUGAAGACCAGCAGCUGAUGCCACGCCCCUCCAAAGAACACAUGGAGCAAGGCGUGAAGCCCAUGCACAUGGAUCCUGACAGCGACUCUGGCCGGGGCAGCUGCGACAGCCCUUCGCUCUUUUCUGAAAAAUGUGAUGAACCUCAGGCCCAUCCCUUCAAGUUCCAUACUCCUGAGGGCCCUGAGAAACUGGAGAAUCCCGAAACAAACCUUACAUGUCUCCAGACCCCUCAGAGCAUGAGCAGGGAAGGCAAAAUCCCCUAUGUUCAUGCCAAUGGACCCAAAUCUUCCACAUGGCCUUUCCCGCAGCCACCCAGCCUGCACAACCCCAGAUAUUCUUACCACAACAUUGCUGACGUGUGUGAGCUGGCCCUGGGCAUGGCAGGCACCGCAGCCACUUUGCUGGACCAAACAGACCAACAUGCUUUAAAGCCCUCGAAAACCAUUGAGACUGGAGGGGAAGGAAAGGCAGCCAAGCAGAGGGAGUCAGAAGGCUGCAGUUCCAAGCCUGACCAAGACACGGCGUGGCCACUGCCCCAAGACAAAAGCCCCUUGAUCUCUGCUAAACCCUUGGAAUAUGUGGAGAUCCACAAGGUCAGCCAAGAUGGAGUGCUGGCUCUGUUCCCAAAACAAAAUGAGAAGGUCGGCGCCCCUGAAACCAGCAAGGAGUACUCGAAGGUGUCCCGGGUGACGGAUAGCAACAUCCUGGUGUUGGUGCCGGAUCCUCAAGUGCAAAACCUGACUCUGUUAGAAGAACCAGCCAAGGAGGCCCCACCAGCCCUGCCAUAG